CAGUCCGCUGGCCUGUCGGAAAGCUUCCGGAAACAGAGGCGAGGAUGUCGAACUCGACGCUGGAGAUCGUGGCGAUGUGCGUGAGCCUGCUGGGGCUGAUCGGGGCGGCGGCCAGCACGGGGAUGCCCAUGUGGCGCGUGACGGCGUUCAUCGGCGAGAACAUCAUCGUCAUGGAGUCUCGUCUGGAGGGCCUGUGGAUGAACUGCUACAAGCAGGCCAACAUCCGCAUGCAGUGCAAGGUGUACGACUCGCUGCUGGCUCUGUCGCCGGACCUGCAGGCGGCCCGGGGGCUCAUGUGCUGCUCUCUGGCGCUGGGGGGUCUCGGCGUGCUCAUCGCCAUCGCCGGGAUGAGGUGCACCGCCUGUAUCCGCGGUAACGACCGCGCCAAGCGUGUGGUUCUGCUGCUCUCCGGCAGCAUGAUCCUGCUGGCCUGCAUUUGCGUCCUGGUCCCCGUGUCCUGGACGGGUCACGUGAUCAUCCGCGACUUCUACAACCCGCUCCUCUUGGACGCGCAGCGGCGGGAGCUGGGCGAGGCGCUCUACAUCGGCUGGGUGGCCGCCGCGCUGCUGUUCGUGGGCGGCUGCAUGUUCACCUGCUGCAACAUCCCCCGGGACAAGGGCUCCGACAGGUCCCUCUACUCCAGGAACACGCAGUACAUGGCCUACCCCCCGCAGAUGGCCUACGUUCCCCAGGGCCCCUACACCCCCCAGGUGGGACCGUACACACCCCAGGGCUCCUACACCCCCCAAACGGUCUACACGCCCCAGCGUUACCCCUCCACGCACAGCUACCCCUCCAGACACCCGUCUAUGCGCAGUGCAGUGGCCUACCUUUGACCGGGCGAAGAGGAGAUUCUGCAUUUAGACUAUCUGCGGGAUCCUAUGGGAGCUGUGGGUGCGUUCUGACUGUGUGUGUGAAUGUGAGUGUGUGCGUGUGAAUGUGAGUGUGUGCGUGCGUGUAAAUGAGUAUGUGUGUGUGUGCAUGUGAGUGUGUGUGUGUGUGCAUCACUGAGGAUCCACUGUGGGACUCGCAAUGCCCCCCAAAACUGGAAUUUGGGAUUCUGCACAUUUCAACACUGCAUUUCAACACUGCUGAGGGAGUGAUAGAUGGAUAGAUAGUUGGAUAAAUAGAUAAAGAGAGACCAUUUCACCAUUUCACCACUUCACCAUUUCAAAUGAGACUCAAGAGCCCAUUAUUAAUUUGCGGAGGCCAGUAAGCAGACUGAGUCACAUCCAUGACAAAAGACGGACGUGAGCUAUGGACUCGUGUUGUUUGAAGUACGUCUGCCAAGGUAACAGGAUGGAAUAACACGUAGAAUUGACUCCUGUAUGCAUAGAGCCACACUCGUGUUGCUGUAACUGUAAACGGCUGUGAAUGAUGAAUCUGAAGGUCUUCCGUAAUCAUGGUAACAAUUCAGAAUUUUACCUAAUGUAUAGAAUGAACUACAAGUACUUAAUGUAAAAACUCUAGUUCAAUAUUUUGUAGAUUUGAAAAUUUUGUAUCUUUUGCAUGGAAAGUUUUUUUCCACUUCAGUGCACUAAAAUGUUCUGUAUCUUUUGAAAUAAUACCUCAUCAUAACCAACACAAAACUGGUUGUGAUAAUCACAAUGUUUUUCUAAAACGUGAAAUGUGUUGAUUGUGCUUUUUCAGCUUUGCAUUUAAAAUGAUAAAAGAUUGUUUUUCUAUUUAAUUUGAA